AUGGCAUGGAGAUCUCCUUAUCAGUUGCAUACUGGGUCUCAGGAUGGUGUGGUUGAGACUCUAAAAUGGCGUGACUUUAGGAUGGCAUGGUUGACUCCUUGGCACCGGGAUGGCAUGGCCAACUCCUUGACUCCAGGAUGGGGUGACAGACUCCUUGGCUCCAAGAUGGCGUGGUCGACUCCUUGUGAGCUGAGCUGGGUCUCAUCUGGGUCAUGCCCAUUGAGGGCAUUAGCAGGGAUCAUUGUCCGAGUUGACCAUGUCCAUCUGGUUGGCCUUAAAUUCUUUGAUGAGAGUGAUAGAGGGCGCUCGAGGCUUCAGGCUACUGAUGUACAGAUGCCAAGAAGGAACGCCAGAGACAGGGUGCUAGGAGAUGGGCACUAG